AUGGAGCUGGAAUAUUUGAAGCAUGUUAGAGUACCAAGAUGGUUACACUGUGAUAGCGGAUUUGAGAAUAUUUCAUUGCAUUUUUUUUGCGACGCGAGCAAACUAGCCUAUUCUGCGGUUGUUUUCCUACGAGUUGAUAGUGGAAACUCUGUACACAUACAACUGGUGCAGAGUAAAACUAGAAUUGCACCUUGUGGAAAAAAGGAAACAACUAUUGCAAGGCUGGAACUUCUUGGUGCUGCUAUAUCUGCUCGUCUUUCUUCCACUGUCUUGAAAGAGUUUCCAACAGACAAUGUUUAUUUCUGGACAGACUCUACUACUGUGCUGGCUUGGUUGAAGAGAGAAGAACCGUGGGGUGUAUUUGUUUACAACCGUGUUCAAGAAAUUCGAAAGCUGACACCAGUCAAAGCCUGGAGACACGUUCCUGGAUCACUGAAUCCAGCGGACUGUCCGAGUAGAGGGUGUUCAGCGAAGCAGCUUUGCAGUUCGAAAUGGUGGGAAGGUCCCAGUUGGUUGUACCUUUCGUCUCAUGAAUGGCCUGUCAGUGAUGUGGUAGUAGAUGUCAAUGAGGAAGAAGUCAAUAAAGAGAGAAGAGCUAUCGUGACCUCUCUGGUGAAUAUUCAAACAACCGAUAUAAAGAGUGAAUAUUUUUCCACCUAUAGUAGAAACAUCAGAGUAGUGGCAUGGAUUCUACGUUUUAUUCAUAACGUUUCAAAUGCAACCAAGCUAAAAGGAAACUUAGUCUAUGAAGAAUUCAGACAAGCAGAGAUUUUGUGUUUCAAGUCCAUGCAGUCAAAUGCCUUUCAAGAUGAGAAACUUCUUGCUAAAAUGCAAGCAUUUAAAGAUGAAGAUGGGCUUCUGAGAAUAAGAACCAAACUAGCAGACAGUUGUGAGAAGGAAGAUUUCAAGUUUCCAAUUCUCUUACCUGCCAAUGAUGUUGUAAUAAAAUUAAUUCGAGAGGAGCAUAUAAAAGCUAUGCAUGCAGGCUCUUCAAUAUUACUCGCCCGGCUUAGAGAGAAAUUUUGGAUAAUUAGAGCCAAAAGAUUAGUUAAGCAGGUUCUUUCUGAGUGUGUGAUUUGCAAGCGUUAUAAAGCUAAACAUCUUGAAGUGCCCUUCGCUCCACUGCCUAAAGAUAGAGUUACUCAGACAAAGGUAUUUGAAGUAACAGGUGUAGACUAUGCAGGUCCUCUUUAUCUUAAGUCGAAAGGAAAGGCCUGGAUUGUUUUAUUUACUUGUGCUGUCUACAGAGCAGUGCAUUUUGAAUUAGUCCGAUCAGUCACUACUGAUACUUUUAUUCAAGCCUUAAGACGGUUCAUUGCAAGAAGAGGCAGGAUUUCAGUACUUUACAGUGACAACGGUACUAAUUUCGUAGGGACAAAUAAUGCGUUGCGAGCAUUAGAUUGGGAUAAAAUUUCUGUGUACUCAACUGCUCAGAAAAUCACUUGGAAAUUUAUCCCACCCACAGCAGCCUGGUGGGGUGGAUGGUGGGAGCGUAUUGUGAGAAUGCUCAAAGAGCUUUUACGUCGAGUGUUAGGAAAAUCUAUUAUAAAUUAUGAAGAACUCCUAACCAUCUUAUGUGACUGUGAGUCCAUAAUCAAUGCUAGACCGUUGACAUACAUACAAGAUGAUCCAAAUGAAUUGCUACCUUUGACCCCAUCAAUGUUUAUUCACGGAAACAGCAACUAUGAAACGCCAGAUUUAGAUAAAGUAGAUCGUUCUUCGUUGGUAAAGCGCACCAAAUAUUUGCAGAAGUUGCGUGAAGAUCUUAGACAAAGAUUUAGAAAUGAAUAUCUUGCUCUUCUGGUCCACAGAGGGACAAGGAAAAGUGAUGUUUUAGAAGCGGGCGAUGUUGUACUGAUUGGUCAUGACAAUAUUCGACGCAUUGACUGGCCUCUUGGUGUUAUCUUGGAGGUUUAUCCUGGCAAAGAUGGUGUCCCUAGAGUAGCGAGAAUUAGAACCUCCCAUGGUGAGAGGAUCCGUCCCUUCCAAAGGCUUUAUCCAUUGGAAGUGUCAGCAAAAACUGAAAUUGAUGUUUUGAAGGCCUCAGGAAAAAGUGGCUUAUCUGUUGAGAAAACUCCUGAUUUACCUACUGACCAUGUUCCUGAUUCACCUACUGAUCAUGUUCCUGAUUCACUUGCUGAUCAUGUUCCUGAUUUACCUGCUGACCAGGUUCCCAAUUCUCCUGUUGAAAGGACUGAUAUUUCUGAGGAGGUACACCAUACCAAAACCAGAUUAGGAAGGACCAUAAAGGUUCCUCGUAAAUUGGACUUGUGA